AUGUCUUCUGCUCCUGCUGUUCCUCACACCACUGCUCCUCAAGCCACCGCUCCAAUCUCUAAACCACAUACUUCCGAUUCUCCAGUUUGUGAUUUGUUAUUAUGGAAAAAUCCAAUUAAUUCUGGUAAAAUUUUAGGAGGUGCUCUAGUGUCUCUAUUAGUCUUAAAGAAAGUUAACAUCAUCACUUUCUUUUUAAGAUUGUUUUAUACAGUAUUUUUCAUAUCUGGAUCCGUAGAAUUCUUAACAAAAUUAUUCUUGGGUCAAGGGUUAGUUACUAAAUACGGUAUCAAGGAAUGCCCUAACACCGUCGGAUUUUUGAAACCAAGAAUUGACGCUCUUUUAAAACAAUUGCCUGUUAAACAAGCUAAAAUGAGAGGUUUAGUCUUUGCUCAUUCUCCAAAAAAUACUUUCAAAGCUGCUGGUGUCGUUUGGGUUUUACAUAAAUUAUUUUCUGUUUUAUCUAUCUGGACUGUUCUUUUCAUCUCUGUUAUUGCUGCCUUCACUUUACCUUUAAUCUAUCACAUUUACCAAGUUGAAAUUGACACUGCUGUAAACAAAGGUUAUUUACAUGCCAAGAAGCAAGGUAAGAUUGCUGGUUCCAUGGCCUACAAAAAGGCUUCUCCAGUCUUACAAAAAGUCGGUUCAAGAUUCAACAAGAAACCAACUUCCACUUCCACUCCUGUAGCUGCUGCUGCUCCAGUAGCUCAUACUACAGGUGCUUCUGCUUCUGCUUUGUAA